AUGAGCAGAGAUCAUAUACGCAGCAACUGGAAGCUGUCCAAGCGGCUGCGAGCUCCGAUGGAGCGUGAACUGCCCAAAAAUGCCAAGCCGAGCGAAGGCAACGAGGAUGAGAAGCAAGAAACUCCAGAGGUGAACCCGAAGAAUGAAAAAUACAUCAACGAUUUGGAAAAGGCCUUGAGAGACUUCAAGAUUUUGUCCGAGGCUUAUGAGGAUGAGAAAAGCCAUCAUCAUCGUGGCUCACAACAUUCAAAUUCAGAAGAAGACGAAACGAGUUCUGAAGAGCUUAACUCGGGCUCGGAUGAGGAUGAAGAUGAGGAGGAGAACGAGCUAGAGGAGCCAACAACAGCAAAGGCAGCGGAUAAGAAAGAACGAAGAGAGAAAGGCUCUGAGGACGACUCCGAGGACGUUUCAGAAGAGGAAUCUCCGAAGGAGAGCCGAAGCAGUAAGAAGGACCACCACGUCAAGGAGAAGUCAGUAUCCGCCGAGUCUACUAUCGCGCCAAAAGAAGAAACAAAAUCAGCAAAGCAGUUACGACGACGACCGAAAAAGGUCUAG